AUGGUUACGGGCAAAUCGCACGCCGGCGUGGAGCCGCUGCACCCACUUCCGCCCCCGACUGCCCAGCCAGACGUCAUCGCAACCUCGCCGCCUUCGAAACGGGAUUUGGCUUCCUGGUGGAGGCAGUUCAAAAGAAACACUCGCAAGGAGGAACCGAAAGAGAAACCUCAGGGCAUCUUUGGCGUCCCACUCAACGUCAGCAUCAAGUACGCCAACGUCGCCAUUUCGCUGACCAACGACAAUGGAGAGAGCUUCAUCUACGGCUACGUGCCUAUUGUGGUAGCCAAAUGCGGCGUGUUUUUGAAGGAGAAAGUCAGUCACAAGCUGAUCAAGGAUUUAGCGACGGAUGUUGAGGGCAUCUUCCGUCUCAGUGGAUCCGCGAAACGCAUCAAAGACUUGCAGGAAGUCUUUGAUUCCCCCGAACGGUAUGGCAAAGGUCUCGAUUGGACGGGGUACACAGUGCACGAUGCUGCCAACGUGCUACGACGCUAUCUGAACCAGCUGCCCGAGCCUAUCGUCCCCUUGGACUUCUACGAACGUUUCCGCGAGCCACUCCGCACCUAUCAAAGACAAGUCCAGGAACAAAUAGAGAACAAUGCGCUAGCCAAUGAAUCAGCGGCAUUCGAUCAUGCGAAGGCCGUUGCGGCGUACCAGCAGCUCAUCCGCGAGCUGCCCCCUCUGAACAAGCAACUGUUACUCUACAUUUUGGAUCUGCUGGCUGUGUUCGCGUCGAAAUCGGACCAGAACCGGAUGACCUCGGCCAAUCUGUCCGCCAUUUUCCAGCCCGGGCUCCUGUCGCACCCUCAACACGACAUGUCGCCGGACGAAUACAAGCUGAGCCAGGAUGUGCUGAUUUUCCUGAUCGAAAACCAGGACCAUUUCCUGUUCGGAAUGAACGGGACGGCCGCUGAUGAGCAGACGCUCAAGGAGGUCGAAGGGGGCGUGACGCGCCGGCCCACUACUCAUUCCACCAACAUCCGACGCUCGGUGUCGAGCGCCAGUGGAGGCGGAGAGAGCUUCCGAAAGUAUGAAAGCCUUCGCAGGAAUGUGUCCGUCUCAUCGCGGAAUUCGCGCAACUCCAACAACGCCAGCCCGGCCACGCCGCCCUCGAUGAGCGCAGCCGGUGUGCACCGCAGCAACACCUUACCAUCGAAGAUGUCCCCAGCCAUUCCUGCACACCGCUAUGGUCGGGUCGCUGAGUCGACCGGCUUGAACUCGCCGAAUCGUACCUCCGCGCAACAUUCCCGAUCGUCCAGCCGUGCGCCACCAACAGUGGAGGAGGACAAAGCCCUGUCCAGUACCUCGAGUACCAUUAUCCAAUCACCCACUAAUAAUAGCGCCAUCACCAACGGUCAGCCCUCCCCUGUUGCACCACCCAGCCAAGUACCGCCCGCACCUCGGCCGCCUAUCCCUGCGCAGCUAAUGCCUGGGCGCCCUCCCGUGCAAUCGGCUCCUGUGCCAUCAGUACCGGAGCAACCAGUUCCCCCACAGCCACAUGAUCCUCAAUCGCCACCCCCUCCCUCGACAGGCACCGGGGUCGGGAUUGUCUACGUACACUCCUCGACACAUGGGCCGAUUCCCCGGGCGAAUGCUGAGAACGGGCCGACGGCAACCGAAAAGCCCGUGCCACUAAAACCAGUCACAGAGCGACCGGUAUUGCACGAAGGCCUACCUCCUGCUGCGCGAGCAGUGUCUCCACCACCCGCAGUAGUAACUCCGACGCGCGAGCGCAAGCUGUCGAGCCUCUUCUCUAAGUCACCACCGCCGAGCGGCGAAGGACGGGAACCUCGGCAGCCGAAUCGGUUGAAGAAGAAGCGAAUUCCCGGCAGCGCCAGCGAAAGCGCGCACAGCUCCUCGCAUUCCCUGCAAGCGGCGACAUCCGAGCCUGGUUUGGCAGCGAUCCUGCAUGGGCCCCGGUCGACGGAUGCUGGCAACGAGGUGGGCGGCGCAACUCCCCGUCCUCCCCAAACCACUAGUUCCGAUGAACUGAGCCCACCGCGAGAAGGUCGGCCCGAGAAGCAGGCUUCGCAGAUUGAGGGCAGCCAGAUGGGCGACACUUCGCUCCGACCCUACGGAUCUCGCACCCCAUCGAUGAACUCUCGGUCGUCGUUCACGGACUACUCGGACGUCGAUGCGGCGGAAGACUCCGCGCGCGCAGAACGCAAGGAACACCGCCGUAGCUGGCGAUUUCCACGGUCAGCCAAGCGCAGCAACGAGCAGAUCGGUCUGGGGCUGGCUUCGCCCCCGCUCAUGGCGUCGAACCCUGGCGCAGACCGCAGCACUAGCUCGAUCGGUAGCUGGCACCAUGCUAGCCGGAGCUCUCCGUCUGACAUGCAGCAGUUUGCCAACGACCCGAGCUAUCAACCCCUGAGUCUAGACGCCGAGGUCAGCAACCCCGGAGGCUCGCGGGAAGCCUCGUUGGCAUCGGAGCCGGAGAAGCGCAGUCUAUUUGGGAAAUUCAAAGCCAAGGUUGCGCAGGUGCGCGACGGUGUCAAGGAGUCUACGGAGCGUGAUCGGACGCGCAGCCCGGUGAACGAUGCGGAUCAUGUUGUGCCAACUCAACCACUCUCGCCUUCAGCUACAGACGUGCGACAUCGGCCUGCGCCGAUCGAUGCGACUAGUCAACCCAAGGAUGCAGCCGUCGGUUCUCCAGUGUCGCCUUUGCCUGGAGCCGGGCUCCCACCGCCGAUCCCCGAAGAACCUCAUAUGCCUGAGAGUCCAGUUAUGACGGCUGCUGCAUUGGCUGGUCCUGCCGUUUCUGAUGUGCCAGCAGUCGCUUCUGAGACGAUUCCCACUGAACCCAGUACUGAGCCGAGCACUGAGCCGAGCACUGAGUCGAGCACUGAGCCUGCUACUGCGCUUAAUACAGAGCCAAGUACUGAACCAAGUGCUGUACCAAGUAUUGAGCCCAGCAUCCAGCCAAGCACUGAGCUCAGCGCUGAGCCUAGCACUGAGCCUACUACUGAGUCCGCUACUGAGCCUCUUAAGCCUACAGUGGCCAGUUCCGAAUUUAAUGUACCAAAAAUGCCUUCUACGGAUGUCCCAACAGACUCCGCGGAGACUGUCACAGCGUCUGCUGUUGAGCCUUUGGAGACGGUCGAGGAAGAGAAGGUUGAGUCAGGAUCGGGACCUAGUGUACCGUCAUAG